AUGACAGCACCCGCUUACGAUUCAAGCACCUUUGCAACUUCAGCUCGUUCCCCAUCAACCUUCCAUGUCAACGCCUUUGAACAGCAAGCUCCUCAACCCAGUCAGACCACGAACGCCUAUAACUACCAUUCCACUUAUACCUUCAGCCAAGAGAUUGGCCAAGGCGACUCUAUGACCUUUACUCCCUCUCAGUACACCUUCCAGCCCCCUCACCAAACCCAACCGCAGCAGAACCAACAUGAGCAGCAGCAGCACUAUGAACAACAGCGGCAGCAACAACAACAAUACCAUGAGCAGCAACAACAACAGCAACAUACUUUUCACCAGUAUAGUACCGCGACAAGCGGCAAUGGCAUUCCAGCGUUGACAAAUGAGAUUGGGUUCAGUCACCGACCCACGUCCCAGUAUUAUCUGCCGGCCGCGCCUGCCUUGACUGUGACCCCACGCAGUAAACGGCCAAAGAGUUUGUCGGCCCAUGACUUCGUUGCUGAGACGACGGGCGUGGCCUCAGGGGUCGAUACAGGAGGAGGAGGAGCAAGAGGAGGGAGAAGGGGUGGCGGUGGAGAAGGUGGAGGAGGAGAGGAUGUCUACUACCAAACCUGGAUGAGGACUAGAAAGUGCGCCAAAGUCAAGGGCAAUAAACGACAAAAACAAAGCGAACGAACCCUUGAGCAGUACGACUUUAUUUCUCCAUAUGACGGAAACCUAACAGAGCCCUCGACCCUCCUUUGCCCAUUGGAAAAACUACAAAUAGAAUUCCGAGAGGAGAAUCGUCAGUCAUUGCCUGCAAAGUCCCGUCAGUCUAUCGGGGCCAUUAUCCCUCAGGUGCCACAUUCCUGGGUCCAGCCUCACUCAACGGAGCACCAACACCAUCGCCAUCCAGAGCAAGGAGGAGGAGGGGCAGGACUCGAACAAGCACCCACUCAAAAAAAGAAAUUGGCAUCGCGAAGGAGCUUUCACGAGUUUCAGUCUCAACAGGAACAACCGUCGCAGCCCUUCUCGGUCGAACAGAGCAAUUACUACCAGGCUUACCACCAACAGCAGCAAUACUAUCAGCAGCAAUUCUUACCGCAGCAGCAGCAACAGCAACAACAGCAGCAACAGCAACAACAGCAGCAACAGCAGCAACAGCAGCAGCAAUUCCAGCAGUGCCAACAGACGCCAAUGGAGAUUGCUCAGUACAGGACCUCACAAGGGAUGGCUUCACCACAUCCUCGCAAACAAAACACAGGGCUGGAUAUUCCAAUGUCGCCCAACCCGCCUAUGACCCCCUCGACAACAUCUGCCUCAAACGAUUCACCCAUGACGGUAUUGACAAGCCCACAGGGAUCAGGAAGGAGUAGCUCGAGCUUUCAGCCCCUCAAGACUACCGUCAGCCAGCAUUCAUCACCAUCGACAACACAGUACCGCAAAAAAUCUUUCAACUCAGGACCACUGCCAACACCUCUAUCCUCAGAGUUGUUACCCUUACCCUCCCAUACAGGAUCGCCUGUCGCCUCACCUUAUGGAUCUCCGUCCAAGCACGGAUCCAGCUAUAUGACCAUGCUGUCUGCUCGCAAGACCAGCAAUCCAACCGAGAUACCCAUUGUGUCACCCCGAGACUUGUAUAGACGGUCAGAGUCCUUCAGCGCCUUCAAACCACGGGCGACUCAGAGCCAUAACAACAGUUCCACGGACCUCAAUAACAACGGCGGCAACUCGUUCACCACACAUUGGAAUGUUCCCACCAGAGAUGACCCUAUGGAGGGUGAUUUGCCGACAGUUGCCGUCGAUUCUCAAUCGGCUUAUCAGCCACAGGAUGAAUACGCGACGGAGGUUUUAGGAAGCAAAUCAUGGCGUGACCAGGAUCAGUACGUCUCGCAGGGUGGCUCCACACGCGAGAAACACAAGCGCGAGAGCUUCUACGCAGCACUUCAAAACAACCAAGGUGGUACCCACCUCAACGGCAGCCACUAUUCAGACGUCUAUCAGGACGAUUCCAUACACCAAAAGGCGAACGCCAGGAUCAGCUCGCCCAAUCUUCCAGGUGGUAUCCCCCAAGCGAGGAAUAAGUCUCGGAGCAGUAUACCCUCAACACCGACAGCCGAACACAGGACUCGACCUACUCCACCACCUCGAUCUCGCUCGCGGACACCCGGAGGAAACUCAGUGGGCACCAACCAGAUGGCUACACCGACGCCUCAGCAUCCCCAAGUGCCUCAGCAGUACUCGGCUGAGAUUCAGCCCAUUCUUCGAAAGUCCAUGUUGACCGUGGACGACCCAAUGACGGGCUUUGCGCAGCGCCAGGACAACCAUUACUCGUCGCCAUCUACGCCCAACAGUCAAGAGGACUCCAACGCUUUCCGGCCUGGCGACUCUAUUCCUGUCCCCGUAGCUGAUUUGACCAAGCAUAUGAGUGGGUUGGAGUUCCGUGAGCCCGGCUCGAUGGGACUUCCCCAGCAGAAUGAGAUGUUGACUCCCGGUUCUCAUACAAGACAGACCUCGUCCAACAACAUGACAGGACCCAAUCGCCGGAGUAUUGCGUUUGACGUUUCCAACGCACCUAAUCGUUCGAACGGUGCUGGUCAAGGAGCAGACUCGGGUGGCUUUAGGAUGAAGGAUGUCGGGAUCAUUGUCUCUGGGCCAAAGGAUAGACAUUCUAUGAUUGCCGCCAACACCUCCAGCUCCAGCCGCAAGCGAGGAAAGACUCUCUCCGCCAUGGAUCCACCCAAGGAAAAGCCUGCGCCCACCAUGUUGCCACCAAUGUACAUGUCCACGACGACCCGAGCCAACAACGCUCCCUCGCCUAUGACCUCGAGGAUUCCAGGAUCCAAGAUUCCCAGCCCUUCCGGAGGACGAGGCACCAGCAGUCAAAGAGAUGCCGGAUCGAAAUCGAACUCGCGGUUGUUGGCGGUGAAUGCACAGUUCGCUGGCAGCCAGGAUGUCAAAACUAUCCGAGGAGGUGGCCCUGUUCAAGAAGCAGCUCGGUCCAGCAAUUCUUCCUUGUCAAACUCGUCGUACAGCCAGAGUGGAGGCGAAUCAGGACCGGCUGACAACUCGAAUGGUGGCAACGGCUCUAAUAGCAGCCUUCCCAAGCUCAAGGCUAACAGGAGUAUCUCCAACGGUAUUCUGACUGGCAUGAGCCGACGUCGCUCGAACGCUACUGACCCCAACAACGGCUCCAACGAAUUCGGACCCAUGAACACAAAUGAGCCCGCUGCACCCAACCAGCCUUCAUUCGCCAAACCCACCAACUCCCACGGAAACGUCCGACCCCCUGCGACCGCUCACACACUGCUUUCCCAGUCAGAGCUGAAGAAGACUCCCACCAGCGGUCUUCGAACCCCAACAGCUGUCAAGGAACUUCGAGCGUCUCCUUCUAAGGCAUAUAGCAAGGGUGCCACCCAUGUCUCGAAUCCGAUCAACACCUUUGCCAAUAGUCAACCUAUGCCGCUCUAUGGUCAAGGCCAGGCUAGCAUGGAUCCAAAGUCUACGACAACACCCUCUGGCGCCAGUCCAUUCCCAGCCCUGUCGCCCUAUGCUGCAUUGAAGAUGUAUGCCCCUUAUCUGAGUCUAUAUGAAAGGGCCGAGAUUGGCGAGUUCCCUCAAGUCUACUACGUUGGUCAAAACUGCCGCCAAAAGAGAACCGCCGGCAUGGAUGCCAACAGUAGCAACUUUGGUUAUGAUGAUGAACGAGGCGACUACCUCAUUGUCAACCACGACCACAUCUCUUACCGGUACGAAAUCUUGGACAUGCUUGGCAAAGGAUCAUUCGGACAAGUCGCCAAGUGCUACGACCACAAGACGGGCGAGUAUGUUGCGAUCAAAAUCAUUCGGAACAAGAAGCGGUUUCAUUGUCAGGCUGUCGUUGAGGUGAAGAUCCUGAGCAACUUGAAUAAAUGGGAUCCCGAGGACAAGCAUAAUUUGAUCCGCAUGACCGACAGCUUUUACUUCCGUAACCACCUUUGCAUUGCGUCCGAGUUGCUUUCUAUCAACCUGUACGAGUUCAUCAAGAGCAACUCCUUCCAGGGCUUCAGUCUCGGCUUGAUCAAGAGAUUCUGUACGCAGCUUUUGCAGACAUUGGAUUUGUUGAACAAGCACAAUGUUGUUCAUUGCGAUCUCAAGCCAGAGAACAUUUUGUUGAAGCACCCUACAAAGUCGAGCAUCAAGGUGAUUGAUUUUGGAAGCAGUUGUCUGGAGAACGAGAAAGUCUACACAUAUAUCCAGUCGCGGUUCUAUCGGUCGCCCGAGGUUAUUCUGGGGAUGUCAUACAACAUGGCCAUCGACAUGUGGUCACUUGGCUGCAUCCUGGCGGAACUGUACACAGGAUGUCCACUCUUCCCUGGAGAGAAUGAGCAAGAGCAACUGACCUGUAUCAUGGAGAUUCAAGGUAUUCCAGACCGGUACCUCGUGGAGAAGAGUUCCCGAAAGAAGGUCUUCUUUGAUUCCAACGGUAGCCCCAAGCUAGUGGUGAACUCGAAGGGCAAGAAGAGGAGACCUGGUUCUAAGACCCUGGGCCAAGCGCUGAAGUGCGCCGAUGUGUUGUUCUUGGACUUUAUCUCCAAGUGCCUGAUCUGGGAUCCGGAGAAGCGGAUGAAGCCUCGCGAAGGUUUGCAGCAUGAGUGGAUCUCUGAUGUCAAGUCACUUUCAAGGGCACAGUUCAGCCCGCCACUAUCCGAUAACUCUGCCUCUCGUCGCAAGAAUUCCGCAUAUGGAGGGCAGUCGACGAGUGGAUCCCGAAAGUUCAAGAACGACAUGGACGAGAAGAUGGGAUUCGGAUCGAGUCAAUUGUCCGUCAAGUCGUCAAAGACGCCGACGAACGGUGGACCGGUAUCGUACUCACAGUUCAAUGGCGGGUAUAACAGCAGCAGUGGGGGCGGCGGAGUGGCCAAGAUUUAUGGUGGUGGCCAGUACCUGCCACCGCCACAGCAACACCAUCAGCAGCAGGUGUAUUAUCAGCAACAACAACAGGGAUACCCUAAUCAGUAUGCGACACCUGCGGCAUCUUUGUCAUCGGCGACGUCGGCGACGUCGAAGCGGUUGACGUUUGGAGGAGGGGGAGGAGAUUUGGGACCUUCGUCGUAUCAGCAUGGGUCGCGCAAGAACGCGACGAGCAUGUAUGUGACAGGCACAGGUGUGCACGAUUACUAG